CCGCGCGCGGCUCGCAGCCACAGUUUGGAGAUAAUCAUCAUGCCGCCUCCUAUCUCCCCGCUCUCGCUCAUGGCCGCCAGCCCAAUCCCGGCGGCCGCCCGACCAAGCAGCCGCGCCAUCGCCACCGUCGCUGCUUCAUGCAGCUCCUCCGCGUCCCCGUGCACGUCGACGUCCUCGGAUGCGGCGGCGCCGGCAACGGCAGGCGGGAGCAGGAGGGGCGUGCUGGCGCUGGGCGCGGGGUUCCUGGCGUCGGCCGCGCUGCUGGGCCCGGCCGGGGACGCCGGCGCGACGCGCAUCGAGUACUACGCCACGGUCGGGGAGAAGCUCUGCGACAUGGGCUUCGCCAAGUCAGGGCUCGGCUACUGCGACGUCGCCGUCGGCACCGGGGUGCAGCCACAGCGCGGCGAGCUCAUCAAUAUACACUACACCGCGAGGUUCCCGGACGGAACGGUGUUCGACAGCAGCUACAAGCGCGGCAGGCCGCUGACGAUGCGCAUCGGUGCCGGCAAGAUCCUCCGAGGGCUUCAGCAGGGGAUCGGCGGUGGUGGUGGAGUGCCACCCAUGCUCGUUGGUGGGAAGCGCAAGCUCAUGAUACCUCCGAUUUUGGCUUAUGGACCUGAACCAGCAGGCUGCUUCUCAGGAGACUGCAACAUUCCCGGAAACUCCACGAUACUCUACGACAUCCUUCUCGUUGGCAUUUACAAGUGAGGGUGUCCGAUGACAGUGAACAUAGCAGCCCUGAACAUAGAUCCCAAUAGAAGUUUUUGGAACUACCGGCAGAGGAAGAGUUCAAGAUUCAGGUUCCAGAGGGUGAACCAACCCCCCUUGGAUUCCAACAUGCAGAAUGGGUACAUAUGGGGUGCGUAUCUGUACAAAAUAUUUGAGCAUGAGGAGCAUGUAAGCGUCACUCUGUAAUCUGUAAAGUCGAGUUGUGUUAUAUGUUGCUGGUCGUCAGUACUCGGUGCAAAGCCGUCCUUGCUCAAGCAGAGACGGAAGUCCUGACACGAUGACUUCUGAGUUCCAAAGCUUUCAACAGUCCCAAAACCAGGUGACACGAUGAUGACUGUCCACGUUUAUAACAUGUGAAAAUUGGCAUACACUCGUGCUGAUCA